AUGGAUCAGCAAUUUCCAGAACAAAUAGAAAGACUGUUUGAGCCGAAGUUCGAAAUUGAAAGGCUUGAACCUAUUGACCAUGAUAUGUCCGAACGGAAGACAAAUUCAAUUGAUGGAGUUGCAAACUUCAUCACAAAGCUUGAUUCAUACUCGAAGGAGUUCAAAAAGGAGAGUGUACAAAAUGCGAUGGUCACAUAUAUAGAUAGAUUGGAAACAGGAAAUAUGCCGGAAAGAAAAGAGCUAGAGAAGAAAUUGGUUGCAUGGAACCCUGAUAAGGAUCCACAAAUUUUAGGCGAUCCAUUUAAAACAUUGUUUGUGUUUAAGCUUGGGUAUGAUACUAAUGAGAUAGAUCUUAUGGAUAAAUUUUCUGCCUUUGGUGAGAUUGAGCAUGUGAGGAUAGUAAGAGUGGUCAAAGGAAAUGAUUUGAAAAGCGAGGGAAAGUCACGAGGUUACGCUUUUCUUGUGUUUAAAAAUGAAAGCAGUGUUAGGAGAGCCUACUAUGAUGGUAAUGGUAUUGAUAUAAAGGGAAGAAAGGUGCUGGUUGAUACAGAAAGAGGAAGAUCCGUGAAGAAUUGGAGACCUAGAAGACUUGGAGGUGGUCUUGGUGGACGAACACCUAUGAAACCAAAGGUUGUCAAAUCAGCAAUUCGAAAUUCUAAAAUUUCAAAUUCAUAUUCAAAAAAUAGAGUGGCUAAAGUGAACUUGAAUUCAGGGCAUAAUAAUACAUAUCAUUCCAGGGAGAGCAAAUCGCAAAAUUCAUAUGGACAAAGAACUGAGCCCGCUGCUUCUGGGUAUGGAAGCAGAGACUAUCAUCAUGAUAGGGUCCAGCGUGAACGAUACAACACAAGGCCUAGAUAUGGCCAAUCUGGAAGUGGAUAUUAUAAUGGUUAUCAUAAAGGAAGAGGUGGAUAUGGGUCAUCUCGUAAUUAUUAG